AUGGCCGAACAUAUCGGGCAUGUGGCCAUGAAUUCAAAAUUGGAAAGACUACUGCGACAGAAAUCGUUUACGAAAUAUAUUGAAGAGUUUCGAGAAGAAGCGCUACCGACCCCCACGCGUGGUACCUGGGCCGAAAGUGCCGCAGGAUUCGAAAAUUUCUGGAGGUACCCACGUGGGGUGGGUGCUAUUGACGGUAAACAUUUUCGCUGCGUGGCUCCUAUAAACAGUGGAAGUAGUUACUAUAACUACAAAGGCUCAUUCUCGAUAGUCUUAAUGAUUGUAGCGGAUAGCCGUUACAGAAUCAUGGUCAUGGAUUGCGGUGGUAAAGGCCGCCAUUCUGAUUCCGGUAUGUACACCCAAACAAUUACACUUCCCUUUAUACGAAACAUAUAUUUCAAUUUCUUCCUUACAUGCAGGACUAUUUCGAACGUCGCCGAUAAAAAGGUUUCUUGAAC